UUCAUAACGAAUGAGAACACAGUUCAAUGCAACACCUCUGUUAGAUUAUUUGACGCUGCUUGAUUUUAUUAUUGAGCGAUUUCUGUAAGUCAGACUUGUGUUGAAAUGCCGUCGGGCGGCUGCGGGUCAGGUGCUAGAGCGGGUCGUCCACUAACCGUAGGGUCGGCGGUUCGAUUCCCGGCCCACGUGACUCCACGUACCGAAGUGUCCUCGGGCAAGACGCUGAACCCCGAGUUGCUCCCGAUGGCAAGUUAGCGCCUUGCGUGGCAGCUCUGCUACCGUUGGCGUGUGUGAAUGGGUGAAUGAGACACGGUGUAAAGCGCUUUGGAUAAAAGUGCCGACUUUUACACUUUUUCACUUUGUAAAGUGCUAAAUCAAAAUAAUAUUUUAUUCAACAUCGGCGUGCUAAGACAUAGAUGAGUUUUUAUGGUGAAAUCGGGUGGCAGGGUUGACUCACUGGUUUGUAAUGCAGCACGAAUUAGUUUCUCUUUUAGACUGACUAUAGAUGAUUAACAGGAAUAAACACUUUCUGCUGGCGGUUUGCCAAUAGAUAGCUCCUUUGCCUAGAGGCAACAUCGUGUCAGACGGAGCACGCCUCGUGGAUCGACGCCUUCACGCCGCACAGAAAGUUCAUGCAAAUUUGAGCCGGUUUACUUUACCCUUUUUAAAGCACAACCAGUAAAAUGAGGCCUCGUGUGUGACGUAGGAAAGACGUCAGUCUGGCUCUCUAGAGGUUUGAAUGUAACCUUAAUGCCAUCUUACAUCCGUCAGCUUUUAAAUGUUAAAAUCUCUUAAUUGCAUUUCUGACUAGCUGGUGUUCUUUUAAGAUCGCACACCCCGCCCUCACUGCCUGUGUAGCUGAUGAUGACAUCUCCACACAAACGAAGCGUGGCACGCUAAGUCAGUCACACUCGAAGGAAGCGACAUCGAAAGCGUCUGUCUUUCCUUGGGUUUCUCAGAGUGGUUUCAAAAACUCCGUUACGUGUGCUGCAUCGGACUGGAGCUCGUAACCCGGAGAGGACAAAGAGAACCCGUCCUCCGUUUUGGAAAGCCAGAAAGGUCUCCCCGACCCCGAGUUCGGCACGCGGCAUCGUAUCGACAUGGCUGCUCGUAGUAGUGACAGUAAACAGUGGAGAGUGAUUUCUCAGGUCCCACCUACGAUUCCGAUUGAGUGUCGCAUGGUUUUUAAUACGUACUGGGAAGCUUUCAAAUAAGCGCUUGUGUUUCCGAGAAUAAUUUCCAUAUGUAAAAACCAGCAGCAGCGGCGAGAUUACGAACGUAAAGCCACCACUUUCUAAGAAAUCGAUCCUCGGAGAACAGUUGUACCACUGCUGAGUAUACGCCUAUAGACAGCUCAGUUCAGGAAAAGUGUCGCCUUUUCAAGCCAUGCUCAAGCUAAUCUCGCGACUUCCGUCCGGCACAUCAUGCAGAAAGUAUUCAAAUGAAGAUUUGCACCAACAAAGAAAAUAUAAUGCAAAUGUUGUUUUGUUAUUUUUAUCGUCCUGUAGCUUUCCUGUCAUGUAAGGUAUCGAACAGCUUCUGUAAGCAUGGAUGAUCGUAAUACACUGGAAGUUCGGCGCAGUACGUUGAGUAGGAGCCGUAAGCCUUCAAAGAUUUUAACACACGAGCACGUGGAGUUUAUUUUUAUUGUGCUAGGACUGUGUUUAAUAAAAAAAUAUAUAUAUAUAUUCGUACAGUAUUUUUGAUAGGAAAUAUAGAUUUUUCCUCGUAAGUCCUGCUUAUAACCAACACCCUGCUUAUGCGGGAAGAUGUUAGACUUGUGUUAGGCUGUCUCCGCCUCUUUUUGCUUUGAACUACGCUUUUCUCAACGGACACUAACCGAAACAAUUGCUGGCCCCGUUUUGCAAGCAGUUGGGUGGGGGAUAUUUAUUAUGCGUUUACAAUCCAUUUCAUUGUUCGUGAUUCAAGUAGGGAGGGAAAUUCAGCCUCUGGGGGGGUUAAAAAAAAAAAUCUCUAUUUAUAUAUAACACUAUUGAUGUUGUUAACAUGGAUUACAAACUGAGGAUUUAAUAUUUUUAAGAGAAAAAUCCCUAACAAAACAAAAAACUACACGUGGCUCUAGGACAGACCGUAUUCCGAAUAUAUUCAGUAAUUUAUGAGGUCUAUUUGUCUCCUGUUUUUGUAAUUGUGUUCAGCUGUUCUAGUCUCUUUGUGGUGAAAUGGGAUUGGUAGUGGGUCCCUAAAGCAUUUCUGCCACGAGGGAUUGAAAAUACCGAGCGCAUGAUGGUUAUAAAAUGUGUUUGUUUCUUUUUCUAUGAAGUAGAACAGCAAAGAGAGUCACAAGGCAGAGAGGCAGAGACCGGGUGGUGAAUGCCGGUACCAUGCACGGACCUCGAAGAAAGCUGAAGGUCGUCGUGACGACUGUAAUGACUGCGUUCUUCUUCAUCAUCGUGGAAGUUUCGAGAAGCGGCGGCCAAGAUAAAAAUGGACGGCACAAAAUUCGAAUCCCCACCAAACCAUUCUGGGGAAAACUGUCCCCCAUGGAGGCCUUCUGGAACCGCCAGCAGCAGAAACUGGACCAUUUGAACAACCCGGUCCUGAACGGACCGAACGCCACAGUCGGUGGCCUUCUGCCGGACUGGCUGAACGACACGGUUGCUCAGGACUCCUGCGAGCCGGACUUUCGGGUCAUGACGCAAGUGAGGAAUUUCAGCUUGCUUCCAGAUCGUUUUAAAGACUUUUUGUUGUACAUGCGAUGCAGGUCCUAUCGCAUGGCCGUGGACCAGCCUCAGAUAUGCAAAGAUCAGCCGUUCCUGCUGCUGGCCAUCAAAUCGUUGGAAUCGCAUUUCGACCGGCGUCAGGCGAUACGAGAGUCCUGGGGUCGAGCCGGUCUCGUCGCAAACAAGUCCAUCGUGACCGUAUUCCUCCUUGGCAACGCCACUGCCGUGGACCACUUCCCAUACUUAUCGCCGAUGUUGGAGUAUGAAAGCUCCAUGCAUGGAGACAUCCUUCAGUGGGACUACAGGGACUCCUUUUUUAACCUGACUGUUAAAGAGGUCCUUUUCCUCGAGUGGUUCAACACUCGCUGUCCGGAUGCUAGCUUCAUAUUCAAAGGUGACGACGAUGUCUUCGUCAACACUGUCCUGAUUAUAGACUUCCUCAAGGGUCUGUCCCCUACCAAGGCGCAGGACCUGUUUGUCGGGGAUGUAAUAAUGAAUGCUGGACCUCACCGGGACAAGAAGGUUAAGUACUACAUCCCUGAGAACUUUUUUGUAGGGAGCUAUCCACCGUACGCAGGUGGUGGAGGGUACCUUUACUCCGGAAAAGUGGCCAAGAGACUCCAUGGGAUUAUGAACAGGGUGCCGCUGUACCCCAUUGAUGACGUCUACACGGGCAUGUGCCUGAGGAAGCUGGGACUUGCCCCGGAGAAGCACAAGGGGUUUCGCACUUUCGGCAUUGAGGAGAAAUAUCGUAACAACCCGUGUGCCUAUAAGAGCCUGAUGCUGGUUCACCCCAGAAGUCCGCAGGACAUUAUUAAAAUAUGGGCGUGGCUUAAGGACCCCACUUUAAAUUGUCAUUAAAACUUCACGCAAGGCCUUCUUACCAACCUCAGGGUUGCUAGUCUGUACAUGGCAGCUAAGAUUAUUAUUAUUAUUAUUAUUAUUAUUAUUAUUAUUAUUAUUAUUAUUAAUGAUCAUGUGUGAGACAUGAGCUAGGCCCGGUUGUGCAUCGUGUCUCCGAAGUGAAUCAAAAGCUAAUGAACGUUUCAAAUUUCUUCAAGUUUAUGAAUAUCUCCAAUAGUGUUACAGGUUUUUACACAUCGACCAAACGUUGCUCUAUUACAGUAAUCUAUGUGCCGGUGUAGUUUAUGCUAAAGACAAUAGGAUCAUGGGAAGUUCAGCUGGUUUGAACUCGGUGCAGGAGGGGGGGGGGGGGGGGGGGGGGGGAAUCCCCGAUCGCUAUAGUCGAGCAUCUUCUAUUAUUUAUAUUUUUGUUUUGGCUGUGUGAUUAUAGGACAGUACGUGUUGUUGAAAACUGCUUGUGCUGCCUCUUUUUUUUUUUUCUUUUUUUUUUUUCCCUCCCAAAGCUUGAAUCAUGAAGGUUAAACUAAAGCAUUACUGCAUUAAAAAAAAAAAAGGAAAAAGAAAGGACCUGCAGUAGUCAGCUCCACGCGAUUAAUGUAUUGUGAAACCUUUGGCUUAUCUGUUGUUCCAGGAGUGCUGAUUCUCACACAUGUUGGCUGGUUUAGUUGUGAUUUUUUUUUUUUUUUGGGGGGGGGGGGUUUCUUUCAAGGUUCACUAUGUCACUCAUGAUUGAUUUGCCUCAUGUUUGAUUCCCCCCCCCCCCCCGAAGAGCUUUAUCACAGACAAGGUAGAAUGAAACAAGUUCACUGCAGUCGUGCUUAUCAGAUUAGGUGAAUUUAGGUCAGAGAAUAAGUAUUGUAGGUCAGGAAAUUGGCGUGUACUUUUCUUGGUCAUGUAAUGGCUGAUUAAAUUCUCUGAAUGAUUGAUAGGUUAUUUAUUCCUUUGUACGGUCAGUUUUUAUGCUUUGAAUUUAAUCAGGACAACACGUUACUGUCUGUCCGGCCAAAAAUGCAUCAUGCUGCGUCAACUUCGUUUCCGUUCACCUCUUCGAAUGGGUCGCUGUACGGCACCAAAAACACUGCUGAAGCAAGCUUCAAAAGAAGAGCGUUUUCCCAUAUGUCAGUAUUCAUCUGUCUGUGCCUAAUGUGACGCACCUGGAUAAGGAAACCAGACCGGACAAUGUAGUUUUGUUUAUAGUUUCGUCUCUGGGUUUGUUUUUUUCCAGAGACGCGUGAGCACGACGCUCCGUUCGCUGUUCUUUCACCACCAGGGCAAAGCAGAGGUCUUAUCUAUCAUACAGUUACACCUGCUGGGCAGGUGCUGCAAUCACACCCUGCUUCCCUUUUUAAUCAAGACACUGGAUUCCUCUUUCCUUUUGGCAUGGCGCUCGAGUGGAAUGUUAAAAUGCCGUGUCGGUCCUUCAUCCUACACGUGUUUCACUGCUGAAAACCUACAAACCAAAAUAUUGCACUUUGUGCCUGCUUGCUGUAAAUAAAAAAAAUAAACAGAAAAUGUUUACACGUCAAGAUGGAUAGAUAAAUAAAUGGUUUAAAACAAAUGACUAUAUAUUUAUAGACUAUAUAGGUUUAUCUGCCAUUAUUUAUGAACCGGUGAGGCUUUCCAACUGGAGUUCUCGAAACCAGGACGAAGCAGAGUCCGAUCAACUUCAGCGAUGGUGUCAUAUGAUUUAUACGCUUUCACAUUUCAACGGGGACAGUAGCGACUUUAGUAUAUUUGCUUCUUUCUGAACCCUUAAACAUCCCUAGACGCUCUGAAUAAUAUCCCUGGGUCUCGUUAUUUUAGCAGAACACUUAACGGACCGAACAUUUCCGAUGUUAUUCGAUUCAAAUUGUAAAUCAUAUGAAUCGAAUUUUUUUUUCAUUUUUUUUAUCCUCCUCGCCCGUUCUGUAUAGUUACGGUAUGACGAUUAUCCGAUAACAGACGUGACCCGAUCAUGCUGGCGCGAAACCGUUUGAUCCCAGCUCCGAGUGUUUGUACCGUUCAGGUGGUUUCUCGCGUCUUUUGACACGGUGACUCGGGUCUGUUUUCCGUAGCUGUUUAAAAAAAAAACACACACACACCUGACGCAGUUUUACCACAAAGACCAAACUUAAUCAAAACCUAUGUUAUAUCUUAACAUAAGGAGACACUGUUUUUUUGUUUUUUGUUUUUUUGUUUUUUUACAUGCAAAUGUGCCUGUUCUUUAUUGCUGACAAAGUAUCUAUUUGUAACUUAACAUGCACCUUUUUGUUCAAUUUCCCCAUUUAAAUAAAAAAUAAAACUUCAGUGUUUUUUUUUA